AUGGUGUACAAAGCCACUGCUACUGCUCCAGAGGUUGAUAACCUAGGAAGAGCCCUAGUUGCAAAUAGGGAAGAUGCUGUUUAUACACUUGUUCUUAUAAUUUUAGAACAUUUUAAUGGUAGAUUCACCAAUCAGCAUAUUUCUCCAAAUUGUAAGCUUCAAAAGCUUAAAUCUUUAGGUCUUGCUAAUGAUGUGCCUGAUCAAGUUUAUGGUUUGUUAUAUACCUCAGGUUCAAAAUCUGAUUAUAAUGCUGAAUCUGAAUCAGAAAAUGAUAUUGAGUUGCCUGAUUUAUCUGAUAGUGAUAACACUAAUGCUUGUUUGGAUUGCCAAGGAGAUUUUUGUACUCAGUUUGUAGUACCCGAUCCAACCAUUUCCAAGAAAAAGAGUCAUAGAUAUUCUAAGGAUGAUAAACCUUAUAGGAAGGAGAGAUCUAGAUCUAGAUCCAAAGAAGAACAUGAAGCUAGGAAAGCUUAUCGCAAAUCUACCAGAUUUAUGCAAAAUAGAUCCAAGAGAGAUCUUGCUAAGAUUAAGUGUUACAAAUGUGGUGAGUUUGGGCAUAUUUCUCCAAACUGUAAGCUUGAAAAGCUGAAGUCUUUAGAACUUGAUAAAGACCUUCAUGGUAAAGUUUAUGGAUUGUUAUACACCUCAGGAUCAGAAUCUGAUUAUAAUUCUGAAUCUAAAUCAGACAAUGAAGUUGAUUUGCUUGAUUUAUCUGAUAGUGAUAAAAAUGUUGAUACUACUUGUUCUGAUUGUAAAGGUCAUACCUGCACUUGUGAUGAUGCAUUUUAUAAAUUGCAAUCCCAAUUUGAAGAUUAG